UCAUUCGGUGCUGUCCUGGCGCUAUAUAAGGCUGGCGGCGGUCCCGGGACAGACCCCGUGUUCCCCAAGGCGCCCUCAGCCCGCCCCGAGGGACAGAGACUGGAGCUUGGUCCUGCACGGAGCAGACGCUCUCCGGCAAACUGGCCGGUGGCACCAUGAGGCCGGCGGGACUCGCGGCGCUGCUGGCGGCCCUUCUGCUUCUGGCACAGCUGCGUCCGGGGAGCAGCCAGUGGAGCCCAGAGGCGGCCGUGGCCGGGGUCCAGGACCCGAGUCUGCGCUGGAGUCCCAGGACGCAGAAGCACGGCGGCGGCGGGGCCCGCGCCCUCCUCUUGUUGCUGGCCGAGCGCUUCCCACGCCGCGCAGGGCAGGGCCGGUGGGGAUCCGGGGCCGCAAGUGAGCGGCCGCGACGGGACGACCCUCCGCUGUCCAUUGACCUCACCUUCCACCUGCUGCGGACCCUGCUGGAGCUGGCGCGGACGCAGAGCCAGCGGGAGCGCGCCGAGCAGAACCGCAUCAUAUUCGACUCGGUGGGCAAGUGAUCAUCUGGGUUUGGGGCCCUGAAACCCUCGACCUGCAUCCCCACCCCCAGGCUGGGCGUGAGGGACUGGAACUGACCUAGUCCCGCGCGGCUAGAGCGGCCUAGAGAUGCCCUGAGCACUCCCCACGUUACUAGUUUUUAAUAAAAGUGCUGAAGAGCCGUUGGCCUCUGU